CAUUUUGAGGUUGGACUCACUUCCGGACUCUGUCAGCUGUGAGCACCGCAUCAACUGAAAUGAGUUUUGAGUGGCCCUGGCAGUACAAUUUCCCCCCGUUCUUCACGUGAGUAAACUUUUAGUCAAACCACUUCAAACACACGUCUUCUAUUACUACCCACCCUCUAUUUUUUCACGUGACACUAAAACGAAGCGUCCCGGUUAGCGAACUAUCACCCUGUUAGCUGCUAAGUGGCUAAUGAAACAGACAGCUAGGGAAGUGGUUUCCACAGAAACAGGCUCCAAAACUUUAGUCAUUUACACUCUUGAAGGGUUGACAGCGUAUGAAUAUGUGUAAAUGUGGUUAGUUAAUGUUGGUGUGUGCAGGUUUAGUCAGAGAAAAUGUGGAUUUGUGGCAGUAAAUCAGCGUUUCUCUGUAGUCUGGAGGCAGGGGCGUGUACAGAGGUGUGUACGGACCCCCUGAAGUCAGAUAUAGGACAUGUUAAAUCAAGUAUUUGGUCUAUUCUUUAACAGAUACUUGAAUUAUAUUCCCACUGCUGUGUUUUGCUUGGUCAUGUUUUGGAGAAGGGGGUUCUGGUUAAUGCAGGGAUGAAAGGGGAGGGUACAAAAAACAACAAAGCAGUGAACUUAUGUCUUCCUAUAACUGGGUAGCCAAUAAACACAGACUCUAUUUCCAUCUGAGAACCACUGUUGAUGACUCAGUGUUUUGAAGGGGAAGAUUUCGCCUCCACUUUUCGAAAACGCUGACUAAAUGAGCAAAGAGACUCUCAAAAAAAGGAGGAGUGGGGUGAAAGUGUGAAACGAGAAUGAGGCGCACUUCCCACAUCUUCAAAGACAGAUGCGUCAGAGAGGAAUAAGUCCAUCACACUCCUCCAUAGUGUGCAACUGUCAUAUGUGCAUUCACUUUCAACAUCCUAAUACACAAACUGUUGGUUAGUGUGUUGAUAGUGUGCCGGGUUUUGCUUGCAGUCUUUCAGGACUUAAAAUAGUGAUUUUGGUAGAUGACACUAAGUAGAAGUUAAAGGGAUAUUCCAGAGUAAAAUAAAUUAAGAGUCAAACACAUGUGACACCGAGUUAGACACUCCCUCUAGAGAUGAAUGUUGUCGACCGCUUGCUUCUCUAGUUUUACCAACUUUAGUGACGACUGCAGGAUAGCAAUACAGAGAGCCACGUGCUCAACCAAAACGCCACUCUAUAGCCACAAAUAAUGCUCAGAACAGCACCUAACUUCAUCAGCAGUACAUAUAGGGUCCCAGCCGUAGCACUAGUCACCAAACAUCUUUUUAACUUUGACUAAUUUCUUCAGCAAAGAGACUAAACACAACUCACCAACUCUCUUCCAGCAGCUGCUUGUUUGUCGUGAGACCUCAGGCCAGUCCAUUACGGACUGCAGCAGGGGGACGCAGCUCAAGGAAGAACAUUUAUGAUCAUGACUUUAUCAUUUCCUUGAAGUAAUAAUCACCAUAUUAAUCAUUUUGCACUGCAGACGUGGUAGUUCUUCUGUCUUAGCAUCUCGGUCUGACUGCAUUUCCAUGAAGAAAUGAUCAAAAAUGUUCUUCCUUGAGCUGUGUCACUGUAGUACACAAUUUAGAUCUGGUUUUCCUCCUCUGGCGGUUGAGGUCAGUCAGUUCAAUAAUAUUCCUGAAGAAAACAGACUCAGUAAGUUCAAGUUGUGUGACUCUGGACAGAUUUUCAUUUCCUUUUUCACUUUAAACUAUGACGACCAAAAAAAGUUGUGAGGUGAUCAGAUAAGCAAAAACUAGACAGGCUGUAAAAGUUGAAUGUACAUGAGGAAGACUGUUUAAAUACUGUGAUAUUGUUAAUUAGAGUAAAGGUAUGCAUACGUGUACAAACUAGACUAGAGCAGUGGUUCUCAAGUCCAGUCCUCAAGGCCCACUGUCCUGCAUGUUUUGGAUGUUUCCCUGCUCCAACACACCUGAUUCAAAUGAUCGGCUCGUUAUUAAGCCAUUGCAGAGCUUGAUAACGAGCUGAUCAUUUGAAUCAGGUGUGUUGGAGCAGGGAAACAUCCAAAACAUGCAGGACAGUGGGCCUCAAGGACUGGACUUGAGAACCACUGGAGUAAAGGAUAGAAUUAUCAUGAAAUAUAAAGAAACAGUCAGCCCAAUUCAGAGUUAAUACAAUAAACAUGAUAAUCUCUUAACUGAUUGUUGAUUUAUCUUGGUACAUUGUCCUGUAUUUAACUGUCAGUCAUUUGAAAUUACAGUGAGUGAGCAGCAUGAGCUGUGCUGAUAAGUAUUUUUCCUGGAAGUGCCCAAGAUUUAGCAGAAACCUUCAGGGUGAUGUUAUAAAUCAGCGCUAACGUGCGAUUAGAUCUUCGUUUUUAUCUGCUGUAGCUGCUUUUCUUCAGACAUGCAGACCAAAUUAAAUAACAGGACCAAAACUGAACAGUUCUGCAUGCUUCUGGAAAAUGAGGAACAUUGAGUUAACUUUCUGUACAUGUGGUUGGAGGAUGUCUUUCUUUUAUGGUGCUGGUCCCUGUAGUAUGUUGCAGAACCAUAGGAAGGUAAAUCUGAGAUUUGGUUGGAUUACGGAUCUUAUUCCCAAUCCUCUGGUGUUAAUCUGCAGCUUUAACAGGCUCCACUUUGAUCAAGAGACUUUCACAAUGAUUUGGAGCCUGGUUCAAGGGACUUUCUCAGAGAUUUACAGAGGUCUAGACCUGACCUUUGGUGUUAAGUGUCGGGUUGGUUACGGCCAGGGUUGUUUUUUUGUGAGGUCAGUUAAAUCCAUCUAAACCCAGAAAAGCCUUCCUUGAAUACCCACCUUUGACCCGUUGAAUCAACCUCCUACUUUAAUGUUCUAAUAAGUCAUCAAGAAGACCCAGACUUAUGACUUUUUUAAAGGUUUUAUUUCACAUUUCAUGCUCCUCUGUUUGUUUACAGACUACAGCCUAAUGUUGACACGAGACAGAAGCAGCUGGCGGCCUGGUGCUCCCUGGCUUUGUCAUACUGCCGGCAUCACAAGCUCUACACCCUGGAUGUCAUGGAGGCCCAAGAGAGUCCUGUGUUCAACAACAAGAAGAUAGAACGUAUCCUAACAUCUGUGUUACUGUGGUCCAGGCAGGAGCUGUACUUUACCGUGGUCUACAUCACACUGAGUUCUGUUAGCAUGAAUAAGCUACGGUGGCCCGGUGGCACAAAUUUUUCAGGAAGGCAAUAAAUAAAUAUUUUAUAAAACACAUAAGAGGUUUGAAGAAACACCAAAAUGAUUCACAUGAACACAACAUUUAUUUUAGAAAAAUAAAUGUAAUUCAUAAAUCAUAAAUAUUUGGGAAAAAAAAGAAAUAAAAAAUAUUUUAGAAAUUCAAAACAAUUUUAAGAAACAAAAAUAUUUGGGAUUUUUGAUCAGAAGUCAAUUUUGUGAUAAAAUACUAGAAAAAUCUACUCACCCUGUUCUCCUAUAUAUACUUCUAUAAUCAGAAAAUGACAUAUGACUGUUGCUAAGAUACACUUUAGGCACUUGAGUUUCGUCCAAUCACAUUUAAGAAGUUUGGUCCAACCCUCUCUGCUUUAAAAAAUUCUAAGAUGAUGUUCAGUCAGAAUUUUUUUUUCAAAUUUUAAAAAUGUUUUUAUUUAUUUAUAAAUUUAUUUAUAUUAUAUGUUAUUUAUAAAUAUUCAUUUAUUUAUUAAGUUAUUUUUUGUUCUCAAAAUAUAUUGGCAUUUCUGAAAUAUUAUACAUUUUUUAGAAUUUAUUUGUGUUUUUUAUUUAUUUUUUUAUUUUUUUGCCUUAAUGUAAAAUAUUUUUGGGUUUUGUCAAAUGUUUGGAGGUUUUAUGAGAUUUAUUUGCAUAUAAUGAAAUAUUUUUGCAUUGUAUUAAUUUUUUUUUUUUCCAUUAUUUUGUUAUCGCCUUUCUGGAGUGUUCGUGCACUGUAAUAAUCAGAUUUGCUUGUGAAAGGUUUUUGUUCUGCCAAAAUUAGAUGAUUACUCGACAGGAUAUCAGGCAACAAAGUGUGUCAAAGUCCUUCAAAUACCACAUUUAAAGACCUUAAUAAAGGUCAGAAAAACUGCAGUGGAUGCAGAAUAAUUCAAACACAAUUAAAAUUCAGAGAAAAGUGAACCAGUAGAGUGUAGCUUUUGAAAAAUACGAUACAUAGAUAUAGUUAUCAUGUUUAUUCGAUUAGGCUCCUCCUUUUAGAGCUUCCAGGGUGCAUUUGACUUGGAGGAGACCCCGGGGUUAGACCCAGGUUAUACAUCCCAGCUGGUCCAGGAAUGCUCUGUAAUCCUUUUCUGAGACCCAGUUAUCUACUAAGUAUUAGAUUUACUGGAAGAAAGAAAGAAAGAAGAUCCACUUCUGCUUUAUCAACUUUUGUCAUUUAAUGAAAUUAUCUUGUGAGAAAGGAGAGCUUUGCGCUUAUAUUUGCACUUUGAGAGAAUUUUUUUUUUUUUUUCAUAUAAACUCUUGAACAGCACAUUAUUAUUCCUCUGUACAUUUGUUUCCUUUUCUGUUCAACCUUGACUGAUUUCCAGGAAAACUGUCGAUGGAAGCAAUCCAGGUUGUUUUCGAGGAACUGAGGAAAAAAGGUCAAUGUUGUUCUGAGCACUCAUAUCAGCAUCUUACUGUGAAUUAACUCCAGCAUCAGUAAGUGUUUAUCAUCAUUGUUUGUGUGACUUCAGGGAACCUUGAGUGGUUGGACAAAAACAAGUCUCGCUGUUUAGUCAUGUGGAGACGACCGGAGGAAUGGGGCAAGUUAAUAUACCAGUGGGUGAGUCAUCAAACUUAAGAAACAUUGUGUGCCGUCUGUUAAAGUGUACGUCUGUGCGUCAGAGAAACGGAAAGAAUAAAGUGUUCAAUAAAGACGUGAACUCAGGAGCAGUGAAGAAGAGAGAGUGACUGAAGCAGGAAGCCACAGGAGGGGCUGAAACUGUUUGUUUUGGUCACUGUACUGGAUCUUUACUGAAAACACGACUACAGUGACUAUUACAGCUCAUCAAACAGCCUCAGAGAGUAAACCACAAUCAAGAACAGCCUGUAAUCAAGAGUUCCCAGGUGCACCAGACUGAUCCAUCCAGUACAAAAUAAAACCCAGGACAAUGUCUGCCCCUGUAGAUUCUUUGAAAGAUGUUUGUCGUGUCUGCUCUGGCUAACAAUUAAUGUUAUUAUUUCUGGUGUCAGCUGUUUAUGAAGAUGACCACUCUGCUCUCCGGGUUUCAGGUUUCCAAAAACGGGAUGGUCAACUCUGUGUUUACACUUUACGAACUGUCCAAUGGUGAUGAUACAGAAGGUGAAGGUACGUCCAUGCCAAAAUAAGAUCAACCAGCAUCCAUGCAUUCUUAUCAGGAGUUAAAGGGAUAUUCCGGCGUAAUAUUAAUUUAGGGUCAAACACAGUGUAACACCGAGUUAGACAAGAGAUGAAUGUUGCCGACCGCUUGCUUCUCUAGUUAUACCAACUUUAGUAACGACCGCACGAUAGCAAUACACAGCGGUCUGAGGAGCCACAAACAAACCUCAACCAAAACGCCACUCUAUAACCACAAAUAAUACUCAGCACAGCAUCUAACUUCAUCAACAGUACAUGUAGGGUCCCAGCUGUAGCACUAGCCACCAAACAUCUUCUUAACUUUGCCUAAUUUCUUCAGCAAAGAGACUAAACACAACUCACCCACUCUCUUCCAGCAGCCGCUUGUUUGUGAGACCUCGGGCCAGUCCAUUACGGACUGCAGCGGAGUUUCGCAGCUCAAGGAAGAACAUUUACGAUCAUUACUUUAUCAUUUCCUUGCAGUAAUAAUCAUCAUAUUAAUCAUUUUGCACUCCAGACGCGGUAGUUCUUCUGCCUUAGUGUCUCGGUCUGAUUGCUUUUCCAUGAAGAAAUUAUCAUAAAUGUUCUUCCUUAAGCUGCGAAACUCCGCUGUAGUCUGUAAUGGACUGGCCUGAGGUCUCGCUACAAACAAGUAGCUGCUGGAAGAGGGUAGGUGAGUUGUGUUUAGUUUCUUUGCUAAAGAAAUCAGGCAAAGUUAAAAAGAUGUUUGGUGGCUAGUGCUUUGGCUGGGACCCUAUAUGUACCGUUGAUGAAGUUAGGUGCUGUUCUGAGCAUUAUUUGUGGCUAUAGAGUGGCAUUUUGGUUGAGGUUUGUGUGUGGUACUGCUAUUGUACGGUCGUUACUAAAGUCGGUAUAGUGAGAGAAGUAAGCGGUCGGCAAUAUUCAUCUCUUGAGGGGGUGUCGAACUUGGUGUUACGGUGGGUUUGACCCUAAAUUGAUUUUACACCAGAAUAUCCCUUUAAUUUCUUCUAAUUUGAGUUUUGGUUUCCUUCUCAUCAUUCAUUAUUCCCACUGGGCUCUUUUGUUUCUGCAGAGUUUCACGGUUUAGAAGAGUGGAUGCUGCUGCGCUCACUGCAGGCUCUACAAACAGAAGGCAGAGCAGAGAUCAUCACCAUGGACGACGGGAAAGGCGUUAAAUUCUUCUGAAACGGUGCUGGAAUCACACACACUCUGUCUGGGAGCCAUCAUACUCGACCUUAACAGGGAAAUUUUUUAAGAUUUAGCAGUUCGAGGAUACGCCAGGUGCACCUGAAGAGGACGCUGGUGCUGCGGUUGUUGUUGUUGCCUUUCGGUAUGCCCGGGUUCGGCCUUUUUAUUGGGAAGAGAAAGUUUAUCAUUUGUAAGUGUUCGAGGGGUUCAAAGAGCAUUUAAAAAGGCGGCACAUUUGAAGCUGUCACUCUAUUCGAGGCAAUGUUUGUUGCCGGUUAAACACGCAACGAGUCUUAUCAGGGGAGUAAACAUGAUCAUGUCUGGAUUCUUUCAGGGGAAACCUCUCCCCCAGCAGCUGUAACUUCACUUUCUUUACUGUAAAUACGACUAAUUUUAUCCCGACUUUCCCUAUUAACCCAUUUCCUCGGUUAUGAUUAGCUCUGGAUGUGUUGCUCGGCUGUGACGUCCCUCCUCUCCAAACAAAGCAUCCCAAAGAAAUCCCAGAAUGCAACACCAGGAGGACUUUUUAUUUUCAGAGUAAAUGCUUCCAGAAGAGGAACACCACAGGGAACCAAUCCUCAUCUCAGCUGAGUUUUCAUAUUAGUGGACUCCAUGUACAGUUCGCUGUCAUCCUAUCAUUGUGCAGUAGCUACUGUGACACUCCUGUUUUCCAUCUUUCUCUCUUUUUGUGUAUAUCCAACCUUCUUUUUUCAUAUCCUGUAGGAAAAUAAACAAGAAAUUUGCUACACUU